AUGCAGGAAGAAAGUUCCAUGGACGGUAUGCAGUCGGACGAGUCGAAUACCGAGCAAGUUAUUGUGCCUGGCAAACCACUUCGAGAACAGGACCGGUUUUUACCCAUAGCGAAUAUCACGAAAAUUAUGAAGAAAGCCAUCCCAAAGAACGGUAAAAUUGCUAAAGAAUCACGGGAAUGCAUUCAAGAGUGCGUUUCCGAGUUCAUAUCUUUCAUCACGUCCGAGGCCUGCGAUCGGUGCCACAUGGAAAAGCGCAAAACCAUCAACGCCGAGGAUAUUCUCUGUGCCAUGUAUGCACUAGGAUUCGAGAACUACGUAGAACCCUUGAAGAUCUAUUUGAACAAGUAUAAGGACACCAUCAUGACGGAUCGUGUUAACGCAGAGGAAACUGGUGAAUCGUCCAAAGCAGGAGAAUCCAGCGGUCAACCACAGGCAUCAUGUUCAAAAGCUUCCGAGAUGCUUCCAACGGACAUUGCCAAUACCGAGAUCAUCUAUCAAAGUGAUGACGGCACCCUGUAUUUUAAGAACGAUACAUACGAAACUAUGUGACGCGGGUGUUAACUUUUAACUUAAUGGU